AUGUUCUUCGGCAGUCGCGCGAAAGGAGGAAGACCUGUGACAGAAGAUGAACGCGCAAAAGUUUUGGAGGAGGAGAAAUACCCCACGCUCGAUGAGCUGAGAGACUCGACGGCGAUCGAGUCGACGAACAGUUUAGACUUGGUUGGUUUGAAACAAUUGAAACAAGAAGAAGAAGAAGAAGAAGAAGAGAAGUCGUUGCCGUUGAGGAAGAAGAGGACGAUUUUAGAGGAGUGCGCGGAGAGUAUCUUGAACGAAGCGCGCAAUCAUAGCGACGGCCAAGAGACGAACGAGGAGGUUCCUGAACCGCAAAUCGUGUAUCACGUGAAGAGACUGGCCGAGUUAGCCAGCAGAAGUGCCAGAAGUGAUGAUGGCGAAGACGACUUUUUGCGAGACGGCGACGGCGGCGUUCGGAACCAAGAAAAUAAAGGCAACCACAACCACCGCCACCAAGAAGAAGAUAAGAAUUUCAACGGAAUUCAAACGAACGAGGAAGCUGAUAUCGUCAUGACGGUAUUCGAAACGAUCGCGGAGAGAGAAUCGGCGCUGUUGAGAGAAACGUGCGCGGAAAGUUUGGGUUUACUCUCUCGGGCGUUUCUCGCCGUCGAUUCGAUUUACGAAGAAAAGCUAUUGGAAAUUGCGUUUGUUCUGUUGGAAGACGACGAUCCAGACGUCGUCAAAAAGACGGAGGAACAGUUUUCGGUUAUUUGCGAAAACAUAACGAGAGAUUCCAUCGAUAGAAUGCUUAUACCGCACGUGAUUAACGUGAUGUUUAAAGAGAAUGACGAACAGCUGCGAAUAUCUUCCUUGAACGUCAUGAAGAAUAUUUUGGUCGGGUCAGGAAAUAGUACUACGUUCGUUGAACAUUGUUACCAUGGAACAAAUAGUAUUGGCGAAAAGGAUUUGGAAACGAUGGAUGAGAUGAUUGGGUGCUUCUCGAGCGCUUCGCAGGAUAAAAGUUAUCGCGUGCGAGAGACGUUUAUUCAAAACGCAGUGGAAGUAGCCCCACGAUUAAGAGAGAUAACACUGACGGUGGACGCCUCGAAAAUGGCCGCAAUAGAGACGCACUUAAGAGCUUUAAUCGAUGGAUUCGUCUUGUUGUGUGAGGAUGAAAACUGGGCCGUUCGCUUCAACUGCGUGAAAUCGCUCCACGCGUUGGCGAAAAUUUCCUCCUGGGACUCGGUCGUCGUCGACAAAAAAUCUGCGGGUACCGAUAUCAGUACCGAUAAAGUGUUGGACUUGUUCGAUAAGCUUUCCAACGACGUUUCUAAGAAAGUUCAGCUAUUGACGUCGUGCGAGCUUGGUAACGUCCUCGCUUCUUUGCUACCCGGAGAUGUCAACGAUGCAAAACUUUCUGGAAUGAUUCAGAAAUAUUGCGAUACGGUUCGAGAAGUGAGCACGAAUCGUAGCGGUGCAAACGCGAAAGAUGAUGAUAUUGAACAGAUUCGGAUAAGCUGCGCGAGUUAUUUUGGUGCCAUGUGCGAAAAGUUAGCUCCGAUUGGGAAGUGGGACGACAUUGUUGAAGCGUUUAGAUUACUUUCGUCGCCGCCACCGCCGCCGCCGCCUUCAGCCAUCGACGGACACGCUAACCAUAGUGAUCCGAACUGGCUGUUGAAUUCAAACGCUCACAAAGCGAGACUUGAAAUUGCAAAGUCGCUGGAAACAAUCGUAAACUCACUUCCUGGUGAUAUCGUGGUCAGGGAUAUCUGCCCUAUCGUGGAAGCAACGUUUCUGAAUGAUCUCAACGACGAGGUGAAAAUUGUAACCAUCUCGCAGUUACAUUACCUCCUUCAAAAAAAGUGUUCGGCGAUGAUGAAGAAUGAAGGUACUUCUGACGAAAAUAAAAAUGCGUCUUCUCCUCCUCCACCUUCUUCUGGACGUUCUGUGCCGAUUGUGAACCUCUUAUCUUCGCUCGCGGAAGAUUCCAGCGCUUACGUUUCCCUUUCUCCUUUAAAGUCUAGGAAACCGGCGGCGGCGGCGGAUUCCGUGGGAAGUUGGAGAGUUCGACUCGAAUUGGCUUCCUCGUUGGGGAACAUCUCGAACAACAUGCCGAUGCAACCACGACCGUCUUCUCUUCUGUCCAUAUCUUUGAAGCUCUUGAAAGACCCAGUGCAUGACGUGAGGAAAGCCGCGAGCUCGAUGGAUUCGUUUUAUUACGUGUUCAAGAACAGUUUAACGCUUCUGUUUUCAGAACCGCCGACGUGGUCUUCGUCCAGUCGCGCUGAAUAUAAAGACGCUUCAAAUGCAAUCGAAAGCGUUAUUAAAAUGGCAUCGAGUAAGAUUUGGACGGAACGCAGAACGUUCGCAGAGUGUUCUGGACGCGCGCUACUCGCUUUAGGCGAGCAAGAGGAGAGAAUACAAAAGCAAGACAAGAAACUUCUUCAAAUGCAAAACACGUUACUGACGAAACUGUGCUUUCUCGUGGCAUCCGAUGCGGUUUCGAGCGUUCGCUUAGCCGCAUUAGAGGCGUUGGUAGAAUUGAUUUCCAAAGAUAACUCUAUAGCGAGCGAUGCGAUCGUUCUCUCGGCGCUCGAAAGCGAUAGAAAUGAGGAUAGCGUUGGGUUGAACGCCAUCGAAGUGGAAGCUCGAGAGCGAUUGUCAAACGUGAUUAACGAAGUGAGCUUUUCGAAAAUAACCGUCUCUUCGUGA